CACAAAAUUUCAUAUUUUUUUGCAAGGAAGACAAAAUGUGGAUACCUCUUUUUCUAAUCUUGUGGUCAUGUACGACCGUAUAAAGUGAAAAGAAGAUGUAUUCACAAGUUUAAUGAUCCAUAAUCAUUCAAGGGUUUCAUUUCAAUCUCUUUUUUAAAGCACAUUUUUCUCUGUUUUGAGCACAGUAGCUCGUGUAGAUAAAAUCCCACUUUAUUGUUUGGGGUACCCCCAUCUUUUGAUCAAAAUCCUUUUAUGGUUUCAUCAAGCUCAUUGCUAUUCUCACCCCAGAUAAAGAUAAGGCCUAAAACGCUUGAUUUUUUCAAACAGGUAUGUUGCACACCAAGUGUUUGUGAAAAGUCCUGUGAGAGUUAUCAUGUAAAUUUUUCAACAAAGUUAGCAGUUUUUCCAUAUGUAAUGUGAGUGGAAACAGUUAUGAGAUAUUCAAGUAGUGUGGGACUGGGUUUAAGUGUUGUGUUUGGGUGUUUAUUGCUAGCUCUUAUAGCAGAAAUUUACUAUUUGUUAUGGUGGAAGAAGAGGGUACCAGCAAGAGAGUUAUUGUAUCUAUUUUGUUGUAAAAAGCAUUCAUCUUUGAGAUCCACAGGGCUAGUUAAAGACACACAAGUUCAUGAACCACAAGCAUCAUCACCCUCACCCUCACCCUCAUCAUCCACAUCAUCAUCAUGGGUCAGAUCAGUUACUCAAGACUAUGAUGACAUGAGUGUUGAAACUGAGCUGUUGAGGCUGCACAGCCUCUGUGGGCCUGGCCCACCAAGGUUUCUGUUCACAAUUAAAGAAGAAACAAAGGAGGAUUUGGAAUCUGAAGAUAGGAGUAAAAAUGGGUCUAGAGGAAGAAGUUUAAGUGAUGUGUUUUCAGUGGAAACUCCAUUUUUUACUCCACUUGCUUCACCGGCGUAUGUGACUCCACCGUUAACUCCUAGAGGUUCGAGUUAUCGACCCUUUAGUCCUUUGAGCUACUCAUCGAGUGAUGCGGAGUUUAACAGGAUUAGGGCAUCACCACCUCCACAAUUCAAGUUCUUGAAAGGCGUUGAAGAUAAACGUGAGAAAAGAAAACCGAUCGAAAGAUUUGGAGUUGAUGGUCCGGUUCGAAAGAGUGAUGAAAAUGGAUCUUUUAUCACGCUAAUCGUGUCCAAUUGAGAAGCGGAAAUUGAUCAUCACAGGUACAUUCAUACCUCAGUUUCAUAAGAAUCCUGAUUUAUAAUAGAGUUGUAUCCGAAAUAAGUUGGGUUCUUAUUUGUACACAUGUUAUGUAGAACUUUGUAUGAGAGCUUUAGUGGAAGUUUUAAUUCAACAAAAGCCCAUUAUGCCAUUACUUAUUGA